CUGGAGCCGUUCUCGUAGGAUUUGAAACACUUCCCUCGCUUGAACUUCAAUAGUCACCCUUGUUUGGCGCCCGCUCCAUUCCCAGCCAUCUGGCAGCCCGACACGUAAAUUCCUGUGGCUGGCGCCUUGUCCACUUUCAAUCCUGUCAACAUCACGCUGCAGGCAGUCAGUCUGGUUUUGAAACUGCACGACAAUCCCCUCAACGACUUGGACAUUCUCGAAAAUACGAUCAACCUUACAGCUAAACGACUGCGUCUUCAAAUUUCGGCAAAAAACAUGCGCGUCUGAAACCGACGAUUCGUAAAUCACCUGCGAAUGCCGAAAGCAUUGGACAGAGCCCAUGUUCAUUCAAGCGGCACCACAAUAAACAUCCCUGGGUUGUUGCUGUACACCACUGCACAAGAUGGCCGUCAGGACCAGAGCUAUGAAUGCAGCCCAUACCGCUGGCAUUUUCGCCGACAUGUCCCUCGACGGCCCGGAGAUUGGCACUCUCGUUGCGGUUGUCGACCGGGCGAAGAACCUCCCGAACAGAAAAACAAUGGGUAAACAAGAUCCUUACUGUGCGAUGAGGCUAGGCAAGGAAGCCAAGAAGACGAACACCGACAAAAGAGGAGGGCAGACACCGAAAUGGGAUCAAGAGCUCCGUUUCACCGUGCACGAUUCACCCGACUACUACAAACUAAAAUGCUCCGUGUUCAACGACGAUAAAAAGACCGACCUCAUUGGCGAAGCUUGGAUUGAUCUCACUGAAGUGAUUGUGCCUGGAGGUGGACAAAACGAUCUUUGGCACCAGUUGAACUUCAAGGGAAAAUACGCGGGAGAUGUACGGGUCGAAUUGACCUACUAUGAUACCAGACCGCAGCCGGACUUGUCUUCGGAGAGGAAAAAGUCGAGAGACAAGGCACACUCAACAGCCAGUGAUGCGCCGAGUACUGGGUCAACAUCCCGCCAGUUGGGCCCCCGCGAAAUUAAACGGCGACCGCUACCCCCCGGCCCCGGCGGUCAUUCCUCUCCAGUCUCAGCACCAAGACCUCCCGAAGAAUGGCCCGCAGAAGAAGCGCAGCCUAGUAUGGAACCAGGCGGUGGAUACACCGACUCAAACCCUCCGCCUCGACCGCCUAAACAACGAAUGCCGGAAACUCCAGACGAUGUGGGUUACGGCAUCCAACCUCAAUAUGAGCGAGAUGUGUACCAUUCAGCGGCACGUUCGCAAGCACCACGCCAACAACGACCUCCAUCCCACGAUCAUUACGACAAUUUUGGCAGAGUUCCUCAACAGUACGACCAACCAGAUCCAUAUCGGAUAGAGUCAUACGACCCCGAAGAUUUGCGUCUUGCCCGACAGUCAAUGCCGCAGCAAAGACGAGAAUCGUCUGGCAAUUCCUUCCCAGAUAUGUCUAUUCCAGACCCGCCACGCCAUUCGCCGGCACAAUCCCCCUACCAAUCCUCUCCGCCAGCGCGCACUCCGCCACAUUCCAUAUCUCCCAUAUCCUCUGCUCCAGCGCAACCCCAGCCGUGGCAAAGUCGGUCGUCGACAUCACCCACCAAGCAUGCCGUGUACCGAGACAGUCCUCUGCGCCAUUCGAUCAGCCAGAUUGACAUGCCUCAGCCCGUUCCCAACUAUCCCGAUCCCCGCUUUGACGACGACGAUGAGGGUCCUCCGCCGCCUCCGCCAGCUCAUCGGGAACAUGUCCCCCGGACGUCUGCGGUUGGUCCAUCUUACCUCAACUUACAGGCACAUUCGGCCCCACAAACGCCGCUCAAGUACAGUUCGGUAGAAGAGAGGAGUCCUCUACAAAAGCUGGAGCGAGAGUAUAGCCCUUAUCAAAGCCCAUCACCAUCCGCCCUCCAACAUCAACAACCACCACCGCCAGUGCAGCAGCACUACCAAGUACCCGUGAACGACCAAAUGGGUUAUACAGUUCCACCGAGAAACAGACGUAAUUCGGACGUUGACAACACGACGCAUCCUCGACCAACUUCUGUCGGCGGCGUGCCUUUCCACCAAUACCCUCCAGAGCGGGAUAUGCCUCGGCAACAGUACAACGGCGUGCCAGAGCAGGAUCUCAGGCAUGAUCCUGGUUACGGGCCACCAAGAAGAGCACAAACGUUCGACACCAGCUUUGGAUCCUCCGAUGGCCGGCUUCGGGAGCCUGAUAUCAUCCAACAGCGGGCUGUCAGUCCGAGCCCUUCACAAACCAUACCGCGGAAGUCCAUAACUCCAACACCUGCCACACCUGAGGAGCGCAGUUCCCUCGGCAGUGUUCCAUACGGACCAGAUUCGUACGACGUCCUAAAUCCUGCAACGGGUCCUCCGCCCGAAUUAGAUCCCUAUGCCACUCCAGAACAAAUCAAAGAGGCCGCUCGACAACGGGAGGUCGAGAAACUCCGCGAUCAGGGUCCGAUCAUCGGCAAUGAUGGACGGGUGAUUGAUCCUUCUGACCAUCUUCCUGCAGAUACGUGGGCGCCAGAACCGGAGAGAAAGAACCGGAUGCCCGAACACGUGAUCCGGAUCAGGACCAAGGAAGAGGCGAGACGACAAGAACGUACAGGGUCAUUGCCAGCUGCUGUCAGGCCACAAACGAUCGCAGCUCCGCUUCAUCAACCAUCCUCUCCAGCAACCCUGUCAUCUUCAUAUCAGUCGUCCCCAGUUCCACCUACUUCCACGGCGUCUCCUUCGCAACCUGAAUCCAGUGGUGGCCGGAACCGGCUUAGGAAGCAAAUGCCGACCCGACCCUUACCGACGCAACCAUAUUCGCUCCCACAAAGCAGUCCCGCUGUCAUGUCGGUAUCUUCUCUUGAAGAUCGACCUAGUCCUUCUAGUCAGCGCUACACCAUCUCUUCUUCUCCCUCCGGCCCGCCUCCAUCACGACCACCGCUGUCAGAAUACCAGGUGCCGGCGGUGAAUGAGUAUAGUCCACAAGGCAGCCACUCCUUUCAUGAGUAUGGCACAUCCUCUAUGAAACCUUCGUCUCGACAGGGAAAUCCGAUGGACCGCCCAUGGUGCGGUCCGGAGGCUUCUCAAGCCAGAUCCUCGUUUUCUGGCCCGGAGAACUCGAUGGAUUAUAGGGGAUAUGGUGGCGGUGACUCACUCGCACUCGAGUUGAGUACAAUUGAUAUUGGACCUUCCAGAACGGGGCGAACGGUGUUGAGACCCAUGCGUGGUUAUGGAGGAUAUUAGACUUUGAGACUCGAAUGGCUGAGGGACUCUUUUCAGGCGUUGACAUGUGGAGACUUCUUCUGAGCAGAAAAACCCGCAGCCGAAUAUAGGUGUAAUUGUGAGCAGAGAAACAUCAUGUGCUGUGCAUAAGGUUACCAUUCGUUGAGAGUUGCUUGUACAUUUUUGCUCGGCACACACAUUAUGGACGAGAUCGGACAACUUGAACAGAGUUGUUUCCAAACCAUGAAUAUACAAAGACACACCGCAGUAA